CUAUCAAUCAAUCCGUAUUGUUCCGCAAUACAAUAGUUGGAUUUUGCCUAAUUCCUUCAUCUUUCUUCUCAAGACUUAAAACACUACUUCCCUUGCGAAUUACGAUUUCAGGAACAGAACAGGUUCACCGUACGAAGUCGCAAUUUCCCGAUGUAUCGGCAACAACUGACUUCAACGUCGUCGUCUUCUAGCCGUCCGAUGUACAGACCUUCGAUAUACCCGAACGUUGGUCAACCUGGUCACCCCGUAGUCCCUCCCGCACCCCGGACCUCCUCUUCCCCUUCCUCUUCCGCCGGAUUGGGCAUUAGAGUUGUUUUGAAACCAGAUUAUCGAAUUACUCCUCUGCCUCAGUUUUCGCCGCAAGUUGGGGAUAUUCGUCGAAGCAAUUUCCAGUUUGAUUUCGAGUUUGAGAGGAAAAUCUUGGCUCAACCAGAUGCGGAAUUCAUGAAUUUGAGCCAACUUGACUUGGAAAAUCAUCCUUCGGAACCUACCCAAUCAACUCCUUCCUCCGGUGCAAAUUCGGAUUCUGUGUUAAACAAAUACAUUGCCUCCGGUCUCAGCCAAGAAGCUGUCAUCAUCGCUGUUGCAAAUUAUGGAGACAGUCCAACCAAGGUUCGGGAAUUUGUCAAUGGUUACAACCUACUGCGAGAAAUGGGAUUCUCAGCAAACAACGUCGCUGAUGCUUUGCUCGUGUGUGACAAUGAUACUGACAAAGCAUUGGCACAUUUCCUGAACAGCUCAUCAUGAGGAUGAUAUAAACUAGAUACAGUAUAGUUUUUAUAUGAAGAAAAACUGGGAAUUAUAAUGUGAUACCAAUAUUUUGCUUUUUUCUUUUUCUUUCUGCUUUGAAACAGAUUAUACAUAUGGUCAUUCUAGGAUGCUUGUAGCGAAAGAAAGUAUUACCAUGUUGUGUGUAUGGACUUAGUGCUUCUCAAUACCAUUGUUCUGUAGGAUUGGAGUCCGAGCAACUGUGUCAUGUUGUUACAUUGGUUAUGACAGUGGCCUUCAUUUUCCGGUCUCUCAAAUGGCCAUCAUCAAUUUCAAAAAUUAUUUUAAUAUA